CAGGGCGAGGUGUCAUCCUGAAGAGUUGUCCUCCAAAGUCAGAAGGCUGGAAAACCAAACCAAACGCCAUCGUUCUUCCAAGAGAGAGCAUCAAUUCUAACCCAAGGUUGUUUGGGACAAGUUUUUUUUUCCAUUCAAAUCUGAGUGUAUAAUUAUAAAGCAUGGGUGAUAAUUCUGCAACGCGGUCGUUGCUGUCAGGGCUAUUAGAUCCUUCAUAUCAUGCACAAAAUCACUCUGAUAGCAAAAAAAGAAGGUUUCGCCGUUGUCGAACCAUCCCUUCAUUAGACCUUGGUGUAGAGCCUCACAAGGAUAACAACUUGUUUCCCGGCUCCAACUUCAUAUUAAGUAAACUCCGACCGAGCUUUAAGCAAGUAGCGCUUUUCUUAGUUCUCUAUCUAGGAGCCGGCGUCACUUGUUUCUACAUUGUGAGGAAUCAAAUCAAGGGAGACAAAACAAAUGGAGUCCUUGAUGCAUUAUAUUUCUGCGUCGUCACAAUGACCACAGUCGGCUAUGGUGAUCUCGUUCCCGAUAGUGUCGCCGCAAAACUUUUAGCUUGUGUGUUUGUCUUCACCGGCAUGGCAAUUGUCGCCCUCUUUAUCAGUCAAGCUGCUGAUUACAUUGUCGAAAAGCAAGAGAUUUUGCUUGUCAAAGCAGUGAACCACAGUAACAAGGUCGGUGAGGCGCAUAUGCUUAGAGAGAUUGAGAUUAACAGGUCAAAGUACAAGUUCAUAAUGACUACCUUGUCUCUCCUGGUUCUCAUAACUAUUGGGACUCUGUUCUUGUUGAAGAUUGAAGGAUUAAGUCUUGUGGAUUCUUUCUAUUGUGUUUGUUCGACGAUUACAACUCUGGGUUACGGAGACAAAAGCUUCUCAACUGAAGGCGGUCGAAUCUUUGCCGUGUUCUGGAUACUGACUAGUACUAUAUUUGUGGCUCAAUUUUUUCUCUACCUCGCGGAACUAAGAACAGAGCAACGACAGAAGUUGCUUGCGAAGUGGGUACUCACCCGGAGGAUGACAUUUGUAGAUCUUGCAGCAGCUGACCUCGAUGAGGAUGGCGCUCUCGGAGCAGCUGAGUUCAUCAUAUAUAAGCUCAAAGAGUUGGGGAAGAUCAGCCAAGAAGACAUAGCGGUCGUGAUGGAGGAGUUCGAGGAUCUUGAUGUCGAUCAGUCGGGCAAAAUAUCAGCAACUGAUCUGAUCAAUGCUCAAGGUUAUCCAUGAGGAAACUCGGCAUCGACACGGGUGAAUAAUGUGCAUUAUUUUUGCUAACUAUUUGAUGUAACUAAGGUGUUGUGAUUUUGUGCACAUAGAUAGAGAGCUGGCAGAGACAAGAAUACUUAUUUCUCUUUUCACUUGAAGUUUGCUAAUGAGAAUUUUCCUAGCUGAGGAGUGAAUAU